AAUGACCAAAUUAACAACAGAUAUCCUAUUAAAGAAGGGCCUUCCGAAAUCCAACCAUUUGAAGAAUCUGAAGACACUCGGCUUGUCUAAAAUGCAGCUGGAGACAAAAGACCUAGAUCCACGUCUUUUUUCUCAAAUGAUAAAUCUUGAAGAACUGGACAUUUCCAAGAACUGUCUAUCUGAGAUCCCGGAGAAGAUCAGUCUUCCUAAACUAAAGGUGCUAAAUUUCACCGACAAUCAGGUUGAGGAUGUAACCACUCUGCAUCAGUUUCCCAAUCUAGAGGAAGUCAUGUAUGAAGAAAACCUAUACCUGACAGUCAGUGAUAAUUACAAAGUGUGCUGCCUUCUACCUAAGCUGCGACGAUUGAAUAAUAAAGAUAUAACAUCUUUGGCCAAUCAUGUCCGGUUUGUAAUCCACAGAGAAUUGAGCUCCAGGGUUGAAAUCUACUGGGAGAAGAAUUACAAGGACAAAUUGCCUGACGAGCCCACUCCUGCCAUGAUUAAAUCUGUCAGUAAGGAUUUUCUGAAGUCAGUGGCAAAUCGUGUAAUGUAUGGUCCUAACUCUCUCAAAGACUUCACCAAGUGGAAAGUGAAUAUAAUAGCAGAAGAGUUCAUUUCUUCAUUGUGUAAUAAGAAAAAGGAUGCUGAGCCACAGCCUGAACCAGUAUCUGCAAAUGAUGAUACAGAGAUUCCAGUAACCCCUAGUAAGAAAAAGCGUACUUGUGAAUCAGACCCUGAAGUACGAACGCCUGCAAAGCGUCUCAGGACAAGCGCCGUGAUCACGCAUGCUUUGUCACCUAGAAGGUUGUCUAAAGUUCCGGAAAGCCCACAAAAAUCUUCACCAAGGAGAAAUAAACUAAACAUUACACUUUCUCCAGUCAGAAGUAAACCAAUUACACCUGUUAAGGAAAACGGUAAGCGUGGCUUGCCAACACCUCAGAAAGUUAGUCUACGAAGCACGCCAUCACAAAAAGGAUUUGAUGAGGAGAGAUCUGUAAACAUUGAGAGACAGAAGAGGGAACUAAAAAAAAAAGGAUUUGAUGUGGAGCCACUUCAUUUUCUUCAGUGUCACAGUAAAAAUAACAGCAGCAAUGAUUUCCGCACCCAGCUGUGGUCCUGUGCUUUUGAGCCUGCUCUGGAUUCUCUGUCAAGUAAAGUUAUCGCAACAUGUGGUGGAGAGUCAGUUUGUGUCAUCGACUGUGAGACUGGAAACGUUCUAAAGAAGUACAAAGUUCCAGGAGAGGAAUUCUUUGCACUGGCCUGGACGACACUAACCAUGAUAAGCAAUGAGGGACAGAAGAGAAAUAUCAAUGUCUUGGCAGCUGGUGGAAAAUAUGGAGUAGUCAGACUGAUGCAUCCCAAAGGCAACAUGUGCUAUGGAGAGAUAAAAGCUCAUAAAAAAGCCAUAUCCAUCAUGUGUUUCAGCCCAGCACAUGACACCUUUCUUUUCACUGGAUCCUAUGACAAGAGAAUCAUUUUAUGGGAUAUAGGGGUUCCUGACUAUGAAUACAACUUUAGAGCAAGCCAGUUGCUGACAUUGGACACUCCAUCCACUCCUCUGCGUCUCUGUCUGGUACCUUCUUCCCUGGAUCAAUACUUGCUGGGAGGUUGUGAAGAUGGUUGCUAUGUUUGGGACAUAUCACUGAAUAAACAGCAAGGAAGAUGCUCCUAUCAUGCAGAAUUCAGUUUCCCAAUAUACAAGAAAAAAUCGGAGGACAAUGAUUUCCAUACUAUAGAUGGACUGGCGUUUCUGAAUGAUGAUCUGAUCGCUUCUAAGAGUUCCAUGCAAGGAUCCAUAUACAUUUGGAGUUGGAAGAAGUCUUUUCUGAAAUCACGCUCUAAGAGCACCAAGAAAAUGGAGGCAGCUGUACUAGCGGAGCUUAAGUGGUCACAGACUGACAUACCAUACCUAUCACUUACAACCUCUGCAGAUGGACUUUACCUUUUCUGUGGUGAUGAGGCUGGGAAAGUGUGGAUUUAUGAUCUUGAAUCCUGUCGAGCUGAGUUACAGAAAGGAGUGUCAUGCAGUGGUCUCAAAGAACCCACAAAGGUUAUUGACUGGCCGGCUCCCAUAUCAAGAGAAGAGAAAAUGGGAGAGACUGUUAUCAACACUGUGCUGGUAAACCCAGCGAAGGAAUAUUUAGUUGCCUUAACAGACAAAAAUAUAAUCGCUAUCUGGAAAAUCUUAUAA